CGUACCCAUUGCUGCACCUGCAUCACCUUCUCAUACAGCACCACUGCUCACCCAUCUCGUCGCAUCCUCAGCUGCCCAUUGGACAUCACUGCCUGUCUGCUCGUCCACCAGGCAAUGCCUCGUGUGACGCGGUCAAGCGCAAAGGCUGCCUCUACCGCUACAUCUUCCUCCUCGCCCCCGCUCAGUUCUGCAGAGCACGACAAGGAGGACGUCGUAGCUCCCGCCAUUCCCGGGGAUGGUGACGAUGAUAGCGACGACAGAAAGGCAGACGUCAUCGACCUGACGGAUGCCAAAAGCAGUCAUGGAGUCAUAGACGCGACAAGUGAGGCAUCGCCCUCUUCGCGUGGUGAGAUACUCCUCCUCGUCUUCAUACAUGGCUUCAAAGGCUCAGCAGAAACAACUUUCCUCGACUUCCCCUCCCGUCUGGCCCAUCUCCUACGCGAAACACAUACCGGCCUCAAUGUCAUCCCCAUCAUAUACCCCACUUACGACACUCGAGGAUCUUUAGCUACCGCCGUCUCCAACUUCGUAGAGUGGCUCACCAUGCAGACGCUCCAGCUCGAGUCCAAGCCAGGAAAGGAAGGGAGGGGACAAGGGAGGGGUUCAGUCAAGAUUGCUCUGUGUGGACAUUCCAUGGGCGGCUUGGUGGCCGUGGAUGCGGCAUUGAAGAUCGCAGAUGAGAAUGCUCUGAUGGGCGAAAAGGAUGCAGCGACGGGGAGGAUCGGGGAGCUAUGGCCCAGAGUGGUGUCCGUGAUUGCUUACGACUCGCCAUACUAUGGCGUGCAUCCAAAUGUCUUUAAGAAUCAAGCCACCAAGUACUAUACAUACGCGCAACAAGCCAGAGGUGUAGGGGCUCACUUUGCGCCCAUGGCGGCUGGCCUGGCAGCAGCGUGGGGCAUGAAUCGGAACAGUACCAAUCGUGCAAAUCAGCAACCUGCAGGAGGUGGUGGUGGCGCCGGGUGGGGUAAGCUGGCAGGCCUAGUCGGUGGAUCUGGAGCGCCUCCUUCAUCUUCCGGCUCUCAACCCGCCAAGAGCUCCUCAUCGGGCUGGAGUAACGCUCUUUGGGCUACCGGAGCAUUGGCUACAGCUGCUGCUGCCGGAGGCGUCGCGGCUUACUACAAGCGCGAGGAGAUCGGAGGGGCGUACGGCUACCUGACGGAGCACUUCGAGUAUGUCUCGAAUCUAUGGGAUGACAAGGGUCUGAGGCAAAGAUUGGACGCCCUAAUCGACUUGCCCUCUAUCCUCUUCCACGCCUACUACAAUCGUCUUCCCGCUCAAACCUCCUCCUCCUCCUUCAUGCAAGACCCACGACCACGAACAUUUACCAUUCUUCCCCCACUCUCUUCACACGCCGCCCGCCUCUUUACUCCAUUGGACAACCACGUCUCUCCAGACGAGAUAUCAGCGCACAUCGGCAUGUUCAGCGGCAAGCCGACAGAUAAUGACACAUUCCUCGAGAUGGGCAGACGCAGUGCGGAUGUCCUGGGCGAGGUAGUGCGGUCAUUCCAAGCUGCUGGUGGAGCCGCAGAGGGUAUGAAUGCAGGGCAGAGUCGGAUGCAGGAACGAGAGCGGCCGCUGGGGGAUGCAGGAGAGGAAGAUGGGCUCAGAAGUGGGGAUGCUGGGCUGGAGGGGGAGGAAGAAGAGAUCAAGAGGGGAUGGAGGGAGGCUAGGAGCACUAGCGCGGACGGAUUCGAGGAACGCACGUGAGAAUGUCAUAUUCGCGGCGAAUACCUGCCUCCUUAUUGUACUGUAGACUUGCUUCGACUUCAUAGCAUCGAUGUCACUCGUGUAGAGCUU